GUCCUCGAGAGAGAGACCUUUGACAGUAUCUGGCUGGCUCUCGUUGCAUAUUUGCGGCAUGAACAUUGAUAAUCACACUGGACGGACUGAAAUAGCGAGAUCGACGAGAAGCCCACCGAGAGCAUGGGUUCCCAUGACGCGUCUGACGGAAAUACGCCCAAAAACGAAAUCACCUCGCACGCGACACCGCAAGAAGUCGAAUAUAAUGACUCUGACCCUGCUCAAAUAGACGUCGAGGUGCCAAACAAGCAACCUGAGACCCAGAAUGACACCGCCGCUACCACCAUUGAACGGAUCACAACAAAUGACAGGCCGUAUUCAUCAUUCACAACUCGACAAAAGGCCGUCAUUGUCCUGGUGGCCACGCUCGGAGGAAGCUUCAGCCCGUUCAGCACUUUCAUCUACUUCCCUGCCAUCGACACCAUCAGCCACGCCCUGGGUGUGAGCGUCUCCGACGUCAAUUUGACCAUUACCACGUACAUGAUCUUCCAAGGCAUCUCACCAUCCUUCACCUCGGCCAUUGCGGACGACUAUGGCCGCCGACCGGCAUAUGUGAUCGGGUUCACUGUUUACCUCGCUGCGAAUCUCGGUCUGGCACUUAACAAAACCUACGCUGGCCUCCUGGUGCUGAGGUGUGUUCAGAGUGCAGGGAGCUCUGGGCUCGUGACCCUGAUGCAGGGCACCAUUGCGGAUAUUGUCACCAGCGCAGAGAGGGGCAAAUAUAUUGCCAUCACCAGCCUUGCUGGUAUCUUGGCACCGAGUCUGGCGCCUAUUAUCGGCGGUGUGCUCGCCCAGCGUCUGGGAUGGCAUUCGGUGUUCUGGUUCCUGCUGAUUCUUGGUGGGGUGUAUUUCGUGCCGCUGGCGCUCUUCUUCCCCGAGACCUGCAGGUCGGUGGUUGGAGAUGGCUCAAUCGAACCGCCAAAGUGGAACAGAUGCCUGACGAACUUGUCGAGGCAGCGGAAGAAGGUAUCGGACGGCGAGAACGGGUCUGAGCAGGGAACGGGUCUUGACGACAAGCCAGAGAAGGAGAAGGCCAGUCCUCGAAGGCGGAAAUGGGACGUUUUCGGUUCCCUCACCAUUGUCGGUGAUCCAGAGACCGCAAUCCUGCUCCUGUACAUGGGCAUCAUCUACGCAGGCUUCUACGUCGUCUCCACCAGUCUCACGGUCCAAUUCCACAACAUCUACGGUCUGAGCAGCACUCUGCAAGGGUUGCUCUUUAUCCCGCAGGUAGUGGGGACCAUCUUGGCGACGAUAACCAACACCCGCCUCCUCGAUCGAAACUUCAAGAAAUACGCACUCAAGGCGGGGUUGGAAGUCGACCGCAAGAAACAAGGCGACUUGAGCAAGAUGCCGAUCGAGCGCGCCAGGCUGGAGAUCGGAAUGCCCUUCUUCGCCUUCGGGGCGGUCUUCAUCAUCAUCUACGGAUGGCUGCUGGAGCAGCGGGUCAACAUCGCAGGCCCGAUCAUCAUGCUCGGCGCGAUAGGGUACACCACGAUGGUCGGGUUCAACACCAUCAGCGUGCUGAUCAUUGACUUGCACCGGAAACGAGCCGCGACGGCCAGCGCGGCGUCGAAUCUCGUGCGGUGCCUGUUGGGGGCGGGCGCGAGCGCAGUCGCGAAUCCGAUGAUCGAGGCCAUGGGCAACGGGUGGACUCUCACGCUGGUCGGGUUGGUCGAGUUGGUGACGCUGCCGCUGCUGGUGGUGAUGAUCAAGGUCGGGAUGGAAUGGCGGGUGAAGAGGAGGGAGAAGGAAGAGAGACGGAUGAGAGAAGAUGAAGAGAAGGAGAGAGCAGAGAAUGCAUGA